CAUUAAAUGUCUACAAUUAGCUUCCAAUUGUUUUGGUUAAUACAAUACAUUGAAAGAUACAAUUCUGUAAGGAAAUCAGCAAACGACCCCUUGUUAUGGGUCCUCACUGCCUAGAGUACUGUCUGAAACCCGAAAUACUCAGCAACUGGAAGCUGUCAUGACUGUAGUGAUUGGAUUUGAGGGUAGUGCCAACAAGAUUGGUGUGGGCAUUGUGAGGGAUGGGGAAGUACUCUCAAACCCCAGACGCACCUACAUUACACCCCCUGGUCAAGGGUUCCUGCCUAGUGAGACAGCCAGACAUCACCGCAGUGUCAUCCUAACGGUUCUGAAGGAGGCGCUGGAGGAGGCAGGGCUGAAGCCUGCUGACGUUGAUUGCGUGGCAUACACAAAGGGACCAGGGAUGGGUGCCCCCUUGGUGACAGUGGCUCUGGUGGCGCGCACAGUGGCCCAGCUGUGGGGGAAGCCUCUCCUGGGUGUCAACCACUGUAUUGGCCACAUUGAGAUGGGCCGCCUCAUCACUCAAGCCGAUAACCCCACUGUGCUCUAUGUCAGUGGAGGUAACACACAGGUGAUUGCAUACUCUGAGCGGCGCUACAGGAUAUUUGGUGAGACCAUCGACAUUGCAGUGGGCAACUGCCUGGACAGGUUUGCCAGGGUGAUAAAGAUUUCCAAUGAUCCCAGCCCUGGGUACAACAUUGAGCAGAUGGCCAAGAAAGGUACACAGUAUAUGGAGCUUCCAUACACGGUGAAGGGGAUGGACGUGUCAUUCUCUGGGAUUCUAUCCUAUAUCGAGGAAGCAGCUGGGAAGAUGUUGAAAUGUAAUCAGUGUACAGCAGAAGACCUGUGCUUCUCCCUACAGGAGACCCUGUUUUCCAUGCUGGUGGAGAUCACAGAGAGGGCCAUGGCUCACUGCAGCUCCCAGGAAGUGCUCAUCGUUGGAGGCGUUGGCUGUAAUCUGCGUCUGCAGGAGAUGAUGGGAGUCAUGUGCAAGGAGAGGGGUGCAAAGCUCUUUGCUACAGAUGAGAGCUUUUGUAUCGAUAAUGGAGCAAUGAUUGCACAGGCUGGCUGGGAGAUGUUCCGAUCCGGUCAGACAACUGAGCUGUCAGACUCAUGGAUCACUCAAAGGUCGACCAUAUUGUGCUGUCAUCCAGUGACAAGAGAAACAUUGUUGUUGGCAGGUACAGAACAGAUGAAGUGGAGGUGACCUGGAGAGAUUGACAGCUCACUACCCAACAGGCUGCAACUUGCACCCACCUUCCCUUUACCUGGAUUGUAUGUGUUGUGUCAUGAUGGAGGGAAAGAAUGUAGAAAUAUUCUAUGCCUCACUUCUAUCGUUCUGAACUCCAACACAACAGUUUUUAGCCACACUCAUUAGUAUUUUAGGCCUAGAUUAAAUCCGGACUGCAGAAAAUGUGCGCUAUAGUGCGAUUGAAAUGUAAAGGCAAUGUUCGCGCAUUUGGAGAAAACGCCUUUAUCUUUUGAUCUUUUUUGGUUUUCUCUAGCACUGGAUUCAAUCUGUAUCGCAGAAGAUCCGCAUUAAAAUAAGUCAUUUCUGAUUGAGCCAAGAUAUGCAGCGUUUACCGUGAAUGAAGUCUCCGCGAACGCGGGAACUAUGCCUUUAAAUGUCAAUAUAAUGCAGCUCUUCCGCGAUACGGAUUUAAUCCAGCCCCUAGUCCACAAUAUAGCCACGUUUAUACCUGGUGUUAACGUAUCCUUAUCUUGUCAACAUUCUGUGCAAAUAUAUUUUUUAACAAGUGUAUACGAUUAAAAGAAGUACCUCCGGAGAUAGUGAUGCGUUGUAAUGUAGCUAGAUUUCUUACAACUAAACAGAUCUGGAUUAUCAAACCAUUUAAAUCAUUCCUUCUAAAAUCAUUGACAGGUGGCAAUAUUGGCUUAACAUUAAAUAAAAAUUUGCUUUACACUGAAAGCUGAAAUGUACCUUUUUCGAGGAUGGGGAUCAGCAAGAUUAGAACCUGUGAUCUUAUGGUCCCUAGCCCAGUGCAUUGCACCAGCAGAGGUGAGGGCACUAUGCCUUUUCCACACAUUUUAAGCUGUUCAGGCAGAAAGGUAGGUACAUUUGGAACUCUAGACCAAACAGAUUUCCCCCUCCCCCUCCUGUAACUCCGCCCACUGAACAUUUAUCCAAUCAAGUCAUCCAAGGAUCACAAUCACUUAUUUUUGGCCUUUUCAGUUCGUAUUGCAGUAGUUCAGCGCCAUAGAAAUUGAAAGGCAAUGUUCUUGCAUUAGCAGCACUACAUUCACGGUAAACACUGCAUGUCGGCUAAAUUGGAAAUAACCUUUACAUUUCAAUCGUGCUGAACUUCAUUGGCAAGGAUAGUCAAGCCUUCUGUUUACUUUAAAAAAAGGUAAAAACAUUUAAAACCUGUCCUUAAAGCAAAUAAUGCUGUGGGUUUUAUGUGUAAAAAUGAUAAAACAAUGAAGUAUGAGCAUUACCAGUAAGACCAUGGGGCAUGUCAAGUUCAUUCAAUUUUAUUAUGCAAUACUGUUCACUUAUCCUCCAGUGUAUUUUUUAUAUAUUUCAAAUCAUAAAACUGAGCUAGUGUGAUCAUGAGUAA